GUAGUACACUCAUCUGGAAUUUUAUAAUAUCAGCAUCACACUCACAACUCACAAGCCCACAUACCAGCACACUUCACUCAAAUAAAACAAUUUCAGAGCAGCCACAGCACUAGUCUCACUAUUCUCUAAAUUAGGGCUAAAAAAUUCCUACUACUCAAUCUCUAAUCUCUACUCACAAUGCUUUCCAUGAAUCUUCUUCCUCCCUCACCUGUCACUUUUUUGAAGAAAAAACCACUUCAAGCUUCACUCUUGGACUCGAAUUUUGGGUCAAGAACUCAUUUUUUGAGGGUCCAAGAUAACCCUUUUGGAUCUUUAGCAAAACCCAUUUCUCAGAUCUCCAAAUCAAGCUCGAAGUUUGGGUUGAUCAGUGAAAACCCAUUUGGGUUUUCUUGCAAAUCGGAGCCCCGAGUCCUGAAAGCUGCUUCAGAUGUUCCAUCGGAGUCAAGCCCAGAUGGGGAGGUGAUUCAAGUUCCAAAACCAAAUCAAAAACUCAAGCUUGCCCUUGUUUUUGGAUUUUGGUAUUUUCAGAACAUUGUUUUUAAUAUUUAUAAUAAGAAGGUGUUGAAUGUUUUUCCAUUUCCUUGGCUCCUUGCUUCAUUUCAGCUGUUUUGUGGGUCUAUUUUUAUGAUGAUUUUAUGGGGUACUAAGAUUCAGUCUUGCCCGAAAAUAUCAAAAUCUUUUAUUGUUGCUCUUCUUGGACCGGCACUGUUUCAUACCAUUGGUCACAUUUCUGCUUGUGUUUCAUUCUCUAAAGUGGCUGUUUCUUUUACUCAUGUUAUAAAAUCUGCCGAGCCUGUUUUCACUGUUGUGUUUUCGUCUAUUCUUGGCGAUACCUAUCCUUUACCAGUUUGGCUUUCGAUUCUCCCUAUUGUGUUUGGUUGUUCAUUAGCUGCAGUAACAGAGGUGUCAUUUAAUUUAGGAGGUUUAUGGGGUGCUAUGAUUAGUAAUGUUGGAUUUGUUCUUCGAAACAUUUAUUCAAAGAGGAGUUUGCAGGACUUUAAGGAAGUCGAUGGGUUGAAUCUGUAUGGAUGGAUCACUAUAAUCUCUAUGUGUUAUCUAUUUCCGGUUGCAAUUUUUGUUGAAGGUUCUCAAUGGAUUGGUGGGUAUCACAAGGCCAUUGAAGCUGUGGGAAAACCAUCCACGUUAUAUUUAUGGGUAAUGGUGUCUGGGUUGUUUUAUCAUUUGUACAACCAGUCGUCUUAUCAAGCACUGGAUGACAUUAGUCCGCUGACAUUCUCGGUUGGGAACACAAUGAAGAGAGUGGUGGUUAUUAUAGCCACUGUUUUGGUUUUCAGGAAUCCAGUUAGGCCUUUGAACGCUCUUGGAUCUGCUAUUGCUAUAUUUGGGACUUUCUUGUAUUCGCAGGCAACAUCAAAGAAGAAGACGCCUAAAGUUGAAGAAAAGAGUGAAUAGUCUCUUUUGUAAGACCUUGUCAAACUAUUUGAAGUCGUGUUCUACUUUUCCUUUGUUUAGAUUAAUGCAAAGUAGAACAAAAUAUAUAUGUUACUUUAUGUUUCAAACUUCAAUUUUAGAAUUUUGAGAAACUUUUGGUCAA